CAGUGGAAUGUGGCACCUGUUUACUCACAACUAAUAAGACUUCUCUACUUAAUGUUCUCUGGGAUUUGGACUCUGAACCUGAAGCAAUUCUUGGUUACAUGCUUAAAACUUGGAAACUAUCUGCAAUAAAUAGGAUGGCCUACAAGAAACUGUGACGUUAUUUUGGAAAUACAGCAAUGGGGCUACUAAGAAGUUACCUGCUUUUGUAAAGAGCCUAAUGAGCUGUGGGUGCUCCCUGCAUUUGAUGACAUCCCAUCUCAAGAUGCUGCUAAGACAGUAGUUAAUUAUUCCUGGUUGAAGAAGUCUAACAGGAGCAAAAGGAACUAGUGAAAAAAGAAAAACAAUGGCUGCAGCAGCUGAUGGUUUGGGAAGUAUAGCUAUAGAUACCACACAACUUAACAUGUCAGUCACUGAUCCAACGGCUUGGGCUACAGCUAUGAAUAAUCUAGGGAUGGUUCCAGUAGGAUUAGCUGGACAACAGCUUGUGACAGAUUCAAUCUGUGUACCAGGCUUUGAUCCAAGUCUUAGCAUGAUGACUGGAAUCACUCCGAUUAACCCAAUGAUACCAGGCAUGGGGUUAGUGCCGCCACCACCACCAACAGAUGUGCCUGUAGUCAAAGAAAUAAUUCACUGCAAAAGCUGCACACUCUUCCCUCCAAACCCAAAUCUUCCACCACCUUCAACAAGAGAGAGACCUCCUGGGUGUAAAACUGUGUUUGUGGGAGGAUUACCAGAAAAUGCAACAGAGGAAAUUAUUCAGGAAGUCUUUGAGCAAUGUGGAGAUAUAACAGCAAUUCGGAAAAGCAAGAAGAAUUUUUGUCACAUUCGUUUUGCAGAGGAAUUCAUGGUUGAUAAAGCCAUUUACCUUUCUGGUUACCGCAUGAGAUUAGGAUCUAGCACAGACAAAAAGGAUUCAGGUCGCCUUCAUGUUGAUUUUGCUCAGGCAAGAGAUGACUUUUAUGAAUGGGAAUGCAAACAAAGAAUGCUGGCCAGGGAAGAACGCCACAGACGCAAAAUGGAAGAAGACAGGCUGCGCCCUCCUUCUCCCCCAGCAAUAAUGCAUUAUUCUGAACACGAAGCUGCUUUGCUGGCUGAAAAAUUGAAAGAUGAUAGCAAGUUUUCAGAGGCCAUCACAGUGCUGCUCACGUGGAUUGAGAGAGGCGAGGUGAAUCGUCGCUCUGCGAACCAGUUUUAUUCGAUGGUGCAGUCAGCAAACAGCCACGUUCGCCGGCUCAUGAACGAAAAGGCUGCUCAUGAGCAAGAAAUGGAGCAAGCCAAGGAGAGCUUUAAAAAUGCCUUAACAGGGAUCCUCACUCAAUUUGAGCAGAUUGUGGCCGUUUUCAACGCUUCUACCAGACAAAAAGCUUGGGACCAUUUCUCGAAAGCCCAGCGAAAGAACAUAGACAUUUGGCGAAAGCAUUCUGAGGAGCUCAGAAAUGCUCACAGUGAACAGCUCAUGGGAAUCCGCCGGGAAGAAGAGAUGGAAAUGUCUGAUGAUGACAGUGGUGACAACCCCACUAAAAAACUGAGAGCAGAUGAUUCAGCUCUAGCUGCCCAAGCUUAUGCACUUAAGGAAGAGAAUGAUAGCCUUCGGUGGCAGCUGGAUGCUUAUAGGAAUGAAGUGGAGCUUCUGAAACAAGAGAAAGGACAGCUCUUUCGAACAGAAGAAAGCCUUACGAAGGACCAGCAGCUGCAGUUCCUACAGCAGACGAUGCAAGGCAUGCAGCAGGUACUGCUGUGCAAGA